AGCUGGGAAUGGACAAAGAGAGCACCUGCUCUCUGCUGCUUUUCUGAUGAAGCUUCUUCAUUCCAGUGAGACUCUGCAAACAGUACUCGUGCUGACCAGCAGCCUUUGGCCUGACCGGUAGGGUGCAACUGGAGUAGCUGUUUGGGGUGUAGCAGAGUUCCAGUGGCCACCUCACAGAGGAUGUUACCGAAUGGAGAAGAGUUGAAACUCCAUGUAGAGAAUGGACAAUCAGGGGGCAACAAACGGGAGGUCUUGGGGCAGGAACUCACAAGCCAAGGUCAUAGGUCAAAGCCAGACCAGCCAGCGGAGCAGGAGGACUCAGGGAAAUUCUGCACAGGGAGGUAUCAUCCUGUUAAAUUAGGCGACGUAUUCAAUAGAAGAUACCAAGUGAUUGGAAAUCUGGGGUCGGGCAGCUUCUCUACAGUGUGGACGUGCUGGGAUGUGCGAGAGAAGAGAUUUGUGGCCACCAAGUUGGUGAGAAGUGGAGAGGGUUUCACAGAGGCGGCACAGGAUGAAAUUCAGUUCCUCAGAUGUGUGAGAGGUCGAAGGUCCAGCGAUGUGGAGAAGGAGAGAGUUAUUCAGUUAUUGGAUAACUUUUCCUUGGUCGGUGGCAAUGAUCUUCAUAUCCUUUCAAUCUAUAUGUGUCUGGUAUUUGAGCUUCUUGGUGACAAUCUUCACCAGUGGAUUCUCAGGUCAAAGCGUCAGGGACUGCCCAUAGCGUGCGUCAAGAAGAUUAUCCAACAGGUUCUUCAGGGUCUCAACUAUCUACAUACCAAAUGUAGGAUUAUUCACACUGACAUCAAGCCAGAGAACAUCCUCCUGUGUAUUGAUCAACAGCACCUCCAUCAGUUAGCAGUUGCACAACAGAGAGAUGGUCACAGCCCUUUGGGAGCCUCAGACUUGGUCCGAGCACAUGCACCAGGGCUCAACCUCUUAGAAGCUAAAAGCGCUGAGAAAAUACAGGUGAAAAUUGGGGACCUGGGCAAUGGCUGCUGGACGUACAAGCACAUUACAGACUUGAUCCAGACCAGACAGUACCGAGCUGUGGAGGCCAUCCUCGGGGCUGGCUAUGGGCCACCGGCUGAUGUCUGGAGCACGGCGUGUAUGGCGUUUGAGCUGGCGACUGGAGAGUACCUGUUUGACCCACGAGCUGGGAAGACCUUCUCCCGGGAAGAGGAUCACAUCGCACAUAUCAUCGAGCUUCUCGGCGGAAUCCCUGUACCGUUUGCUCUGUCUGGGAAGUUCUCCAAAGACUUUUUCAAUGUGAAAGGUGAGCUCCGCCACAUUGUCACGCUGAGGCCCUGGGGCCUGGACCACGUCCUGCUGGAGAAAUACGCCUUUCCUCUGACAGAGGCCGCUGUCUUUUCAGAUUUUCUUCAUCAAAUGCUCCAGUUCAUCCCACAGAGAAGGGCAACUGCUGCCGAGUGUCUCCAGCACCUUUGGCUGGAUGUUUAGGGCUCGGGCCAUCCAGAUGUGCCUACAACGCAGUCCAACUUCAACCCAGGGGUCUGAGAGGUUUGGAUGAAGAAGACCCUUUGGCUCAUCUCAGGCCAUCUUUCCAGAAUACCCAUCCUGCAGUCUUCCUAUGACAACAUGUCUUCACAUUCAGUCAUUCUGCCACGUUCUCGAGAGCUCCGUCCUGGAGUCUCUCCGACUCGUUCUCUCCGUCCCCUCGUUCAAGACCUUACUAUGUAUUGUGUUAUAUUAAAUGAAUCCAAGUUUCCUAACCUCAAUCACCCUUCCGAGUAACCUGUUCCAGCUGUUGUUGCCACAUGUCUGGAGAUUUUGCCCAACAUCUUGCCGGCUCCACUGGCUUCCCAUCCCCCCUUGUCCUCACUUUCAAAUCCCUCCAUGGUCUUGCUCCAUCCUACUUCUAUGACCUCCUCGAACCCUACCCACCUGGUCACUCUUUUUGUCCAGUGGGCACCGA